CUCCUUAUAAAUAGCCAUAGAAGUAUUAUCUUCCCUCUCAUUCCUGAAAAGCCAACCAUGGCCAUCUCUCCUGCUUGGCUAGUCUUUUGUUUUCUCUUUCUCGGCCAUGGUGUUGUUGAGCUUGAAGCUUCCCACCAGGUUUACAGAGACCUUAAGCUUUCUUCGUCUCCUCCUGAACAUCAGCCUUAUCGAACAUCUUUUCACUUCCAACCCCCCAAGAACUGGAUCAAUGAUCCUAAUGGACCAAUGAUUUACAGGGGGCUUUACCAUCUGCUCUACCAAUACAAUACCAAAGGUGCAACUUGGGGCAAUAUUGUCUGGGCCCACUCCACAUCAACGGACUUGGUGAACUGGACCCCACACGAGCCGGCUAUCUACCCAUCACAGACGUCGGAUAUCAACGGUUGCUGGUCGGGCUCCACCACAAUCCUUCCCUGGGGCACCCCAGUCAUCCUCUACACAGGAAUUGACCCCCAGAAUAGGCAAGUCCAGAACAUGGCCAUGCCCAAAAACCUCUCUGACCCAUACCUUAGGGAAUGGGUCAAGUCUCCCAAAAACCCACUAAUGGCACCAACUGCAGCUAACCAAAUUAAUGUAAGCUCCUUCAGGGACCCAACCACUGCUUGGUUAGGUCCUGAUGGGUCAUGGAGACUGAUCGUUGGAAGCAAAAGGUACUCCCGUGGAUUAGCUAUUCUGUACAGGUCUAAAGAUUUCUUUCACUGGGUAAAAUCCCAGCACCCACUUCACUCUGCAGAAGGCACCGGAAUGUGGGAAUGCCCCGACUUUUUCCCGGUUUUGAUUAAUUCCAAACUUGGUGUUGACACAUCAACUAUGGGCCCAGAUGUUAAAUAUGUGCUUAAGUUGAGCUUGGAUGACACUAAACACGAUUACUAUACUGUUGGAACUUAUAACAUCGAUAAGGAUAUCUAUAUUCCUGACAAGGGCCAGGUGGACGGCGACUCGGGCUUGAGAUACGAUUAUGGAAAGUUUUAUGCUUCAAAAACUUUCUUUGAUAGUGCAAAGAACAGAAGAAUUUUGUGGGGAUGGAUUAAUGAGUCUUCGAGUGUCAACGAUGAUAUUAAGAAGGGAUGGGCUGGAAUUCAGGCAAUUCCAAGGGCUCUUUGGCUUGAUAUAUCCCAAAAACAAUUGGUGCAAUGGCCCAUUAGAGAAAUUGAAAAGCUGCGCGGAAAUGAAGUCCGCUUGCCUAAGCAAGUGCUUAAGGGAGGAUUCUCUUUUGAAGUUUCUGGUGUCACAGCAUCACAGGCUGAUGUUGAAGUUUCAUUCGGAAUAAGUGAGUUGGCAAAGGCAGAAGUGCUGGAUCCGAGUUGGAAAAAUCCGCAAGCGCUUUGCAGUAAAAAGGGCGCAUUGGUUGAUGGGAGUUUAGGACCAUUUGGAGUCUUGGCUUUGGCUUCAAAGGGUAUGCAAGAGUACACGGCAGUGUUCUUUAGAAUAUUCAAAGGGCAUGACAAAUAUGUAGUGCUGAUGUGCAGUGACCAAAGCAGGUCUUCCCUGAACAACAAUAACGACAAAACAACUUAUGGGGCUUUUCUGAACGUGGACCCUGUUCGCGAGAAACUGUCACUUCGAUGUUUGAUUGAUCAUUCGAUAGUGGAGAGCUUUGGGGGAGAAGGAAAAGUUUGCAUCUCGGCUAGAGUUUACCCCACAUUGGCAAUUGAUGACAAGGCCCACUUGCAUGUUUUCAACAAUGGAACUCAGAAUGUCCAGAUCACAGCACUCAGUGCUUGGAGCAUGAAGAAGGCUCGAAUCUAUUAAAAGGAUCAUAUUUGGAGAAUGAGAUGAAAUAAGAAAUUUAUAAAUAAUAAUAAAAUAGUUUGUGAUCAA